AUGUUGCGGACGUCGCCCGAGGCGCUGCAGCGGCUGGCUGAGGACGCGGUGACGUCAGCGCAGGAGCAGAUCGAGGCGCUGGUAGGGCGAAGCACGGCCGAGGUGCGGGCGGAGCCGGUGGAGGCGGUCUUUGCCAUCGACUCCAUCUCCAACACCCUCUGCCUGGCGGUGGACUGGCUCUCGCUGCUGGCGGCGACUCAUCCGGAGCAACGGGUGGCAUCGGCGGCCGAUGCCGAGAACAACAAGCUGAUGACUCUUCUGUACCAUCUCAACACCCAUCGCGGCCUCUACCGCGUGGCCAAGGAUGUGACAGGCUCGCCAGAGACCAUGGCCAAGCUCACGCCCGAGCAGGCCCGCGUCGCCUCUCUCUUCACUGAGGAGUUUGAGCGCCACGGCGUGCUGCUCGAAGCCGACGAUGCCCAGCAGCUGCGCGGCCUACUCUCCCAGCAAUGUGGUCGCUGCCGCGUCGGCCUCGCCGUCCCCGCAGGCCUCUUCGCCAUGGCCUCGACUUCGCGCGAUGCCGCCACCCGCGCCAAGGCCUUUGCCGCCUACCAGGCCGCGCUUGAUCAUAACGUGCCAGUUCUCGAGGAGCUCCUUGCUGUCCGCCACGCCACGGCUAAGCUCCUCGGCAAGCCCUCGUAUGCCGCGUUCACCGCUGAGGAGCGGAUGCUGCGCAAUCCCGAGCGGGCGCAGGCCAAGCUGGAAGCCGUCUCCGCCAAGCUCAGCACCACCGUCCAGCCCGAGAUUGCUGAGCUCCUCCAGCUCAAGCUCGAGACCGAGGGCCCGUCCGAGGUCACCGAUCAGCUCUCGUCAGACCAGCCGCUCACCAUUCCGGGCGUUGACCGCGCGCACUAUGCCGCUGUCCGGCGCGAGCAACUCGGUGCCCAGUCACUCGCUUCGCAGCCCAUUGCGCCGUACCUGUCGCUGCGGGCUGGGCUUGCUGGCGUCGCACACGUCACUGAGCAGCUCUUUGGCCUCAAGCUGGUGGCUGCCACCCCGCGCGCGGGCGAGACCGUUGCAUCUACCGUGCUCAAAUUUGAGGUUCUCACAAGCGACGGUGAGCUCGUCGGCUCGAUGUAUGUCGACCCUUGGCCGCGGGCGGGCAAAACCGGCGGCGCUGUCCACCUCAACGUUGUCUCGGGUCGCUCGCUGUCAACGUCGUGGCUUCCGCCGAAGCGUGAUGCUUGCGCGCCGGACACAGCCUUCCUUGACCUCGACUCGGGCUCGGAGGCUGGCAAGUACCAGGCGCCCGAAGUCGCGCUCGUCUUCAACUUUGGCCACCGUGGCGUCGACAACGAUCUCGGCGCGUCGCUGCUCUCGCUCUCGGAACUGCAGACGCUCUUCCACGAGUUUGGCCACGGCCUACACUCGAUGAUGGCGCGGACCCAGUUCCAUCACGUGGCCGGCACCAGGGUUCCGCUCGACUUUUACGCCCGCUCGUGGCCGGUCCUCUCGCAGUUCUGCAAGCACUAUCAGACCGGCGCGCCGCUGCCGCGCGAGCUCUUUGACGCUCACGUCGCCAAGUCGCUCUCGUCGCAGGCGCUCAACGAGCAGGACCAGGUCUCGCUCGCUCUCCUCGACAUCCACCUCCACCUCGCCCACGCUCGCGCUGAUGCGAGCGGGGAGACGCUCGGCCCAGGCUGGUCCACCUCGCUCGCUGCAGACGUUCGCGCCAAGCACUCGGCCGUUGUCUGCGAUCCCGCCUCGGUCCGCCACGCUCAGUUCACCCACCUUGUCACCUACGGUGCCGCCUACUACUCGUACGCGCUGUGCAAGGACCUCGCCGACGACGCGUGGGCCAAGCUCGACAUGGAUGCCGAUCCGCUCGACCGCGCGCGCGGCCGCGCUCUCGCCAACGCUGCCUUUAUCCAUGGUAAUGGCCGCGAUCCGCUGACACAGAUCGGCGACCUCGGUAUCUCGCUGUAG